AUGACGAACGAAGCUCUGGGAAGUGCGAAUCCUACUGCCUUCCCUCUCCAAGGCUGCUUCAGCGUGAUCCAGGCUUUCUUCUACGUUGUUUUGCCACGACUCACUUCGGUUUAGGCCGUCGCGAUGUCUGAUAGGGAUACCCGUGCCUGCUUGUUUAUCAAAAGCCGGCUGGGCCACUGCGAACAGACUACCAAAGAGAGAACGGCCGUUCUGUACACAGCUCUUACUUCGGACUAUCGAUUCCAAAGCUGACCAACCAUAUCGGCUAUAAAUUCACAAUGGACCUACGAUCGUGGGGGAUGCGGAUGAAUAUCUCGUGCGUCUAUGGAGCCCGAGGCGCGUAUAUAUUCAAGCUAGACGGAAUGUAGACCAAGGCUCUACCGAGAUUCCCUUGCCCCGUUCCACCAUGUCUGCCCUCCUGCACACACCCGUCGACGAGAUUCCGCAGAUCCGGGAGACGCUGAAGAAGACAUUCCGCUCGGGCAAGGCACGCCCGCUCGAAUGGAGGCGGCAGCAGCUGUACCAGGUCGCGCGGAUGGCGCGCGAGAACGAGGAGGCGUUUAUGACGGCGAUGGGCAAGGACCUGGGGAAGCCGCGGAUGGAGACAUGGCUGGGCGAGAUCGCUGGGCUCAUCGAGCGCACGCUGAAGACGGCGGAGGCGCUGGAAGAGUGGGCGAAGCCAGAGCACCCGGAGGUGGCGGAUUGGCAGAAGCCAUGGCGGCCGACGCUGUAUAAGACACCGAAGGGCGUCGUGUUGAUCAUUGCGCCAUGGAAUUAUCCUAUGAUUCUGUCCUUACAGCCUCUCAUUGGCGCCAUCUCAGCUGGAUGCCCCGCUGUGGUGAAGCCGUCCGAGAUCGCCCCCGCCUACGCUCAGCUCCUAGCAGAACUAAUGCCGAAAUACCUUGAUCCGGAGGCCUACAGGGUGGUAAACGGGGGAGUUAUGGAGACCACAAAGCUCCUUGAGUUGCAAUGGGAUCACAUCUUCUACACUGGCAAUGGUCGGGUUGGGCGUAUCAUCGCAGCGGCCGCAGCCAAGCACCUCACGCCCGUGACACUCGAGCUCGGCGGCAAGUCACCCGUCAUCAUAGACGGCGAGUGCGACAUCAAGAUCGCGGCGAAACGUCUCCUCUACGGGAAGUGCACGAACGCCGGGCAGAUCUGCGUGUGCCCGGACUACGUCCUGAUACCAGAGCAGAAGCAGGAUGAGCUCGUAGCCGCGCUGAAGGAGCACUGUGCGUCGUUCUUCCCCGAAGGACCCCUCAAUUCGGAGUCUUUCGGGCGCAUAGUCAACGGGCAGCACUAUGCUCGCCUUAUGGACAUGCUCCGCCGGACGAAGGGGACGAUUGUAUUGGGUGGCAAGUCGGAUGGUAAGCUGGCUGUUGAACCCACUGUAAUCAAGGAUGUCGGAGAGGGAGAUUCUUUGCUCGAGGAGGAGAUCUUCGGUCCGCUCUUGCCGAUUGUGCCUGUGAAAGACUUGAAUGAAGCUAUCAACUAUGUGAAUUCCAAGGACCACCCUUUGGUCAUCUACGCGUUCACAGAGAAGCAAGAAGUAAAGGAUAGACUCAUCGCUGAAACCAUGAGUGGAAACCUCGUGUUCAAUGACACAUUCCAACAACUUGCUGUGAACGAGAUACCCUUCGGUGGUAUUGGGGAGUCUGGUUACGGGUACCAGAUCAUGAAGUACAGUUACGACGGCUUCACGCAUCUUCGUUCCUCCAUUGACGUGCCCUACGACUACGAGCCUCACUUCGCCCUCCGCUAUCCACCGUAUAGCGAGGAGAAGCGUAAGACGAUCGAGGCAGGUAUGAAGCUCGACAUACCGAAACCAGCUGCGAAUGGCAAACUUUGAUGGAGUCGCUGUGGUUGCAGUGAAGAAGUAUAACGAUCUGUAGUGUUGGACGGAUAUGUUUUUAUAGGUAUAUAACGAUGUAUAGGUUAUUUGGAGUUCGGAUUUCGUGGGUGGGUGGCAAUGUACUUGAUUAUGUUUUGGUCCGUCGAUUGUACAUGUGCCGAUCAUAAUUCAAACCUCGGGUCCAUCUUAGACUACACUCACUAUCG